AUGUCUGAAGAGCAUCAAUUACCGUCAGAUUCUGAUGAAGAUGAUGAAGAUUACGUUCCUGAAGGAGCUGAGCCAGUAGGAUCAGAGGCGGAAUCUGAAGGAGAAAUAGAAGAUGAGAGUGGACCUGAAGAUGAAAAUGACGAGAAUGAACAGAAUUCGAAAAAACAAAAAAAGAGAGGUAGAAAAGGAAAAAAGAAUAAAGCUCACAAGCGUAAAAAGAUUGAAUCUAAAGAUAUUGAAAGUGAAGAUGAAGAGGAGAAAAAUGAAACUAAAGUUAUAAGAACAGUAUCAAAACCAAAACCGCAGAAAUCAUCAAAUAGCUCGCAAGCAAAUAAUCCAAUUGUAAGGCCUAAAGUUGAAGAGAAAGUUAAAAUAACAAAAAUAUUUGAAUUUGCUGGUGAAGAAGUCAAAGUUGAGCAACAUGUUCCCGCAGAUUCUGCAGAAGCUAGACUGGUAUUAUCUUCAACAGAAAAAUCAUUGAAUCAACCAGAAAUAAAAAGUGAUUCAAGCAAAGUUAUUAAAAAAACUCGUGGAGGUGGUCUUGGUGGAAUAUCUUCAGUUUUAGGUCAAAUUGGGAAGAAAGCAAAAAUCAGUACUCUAGAAAAAUCAAAACUUGAUUGGGAUAACUUUAAAAAAGAAGAAAAUCUCGAUGAAGAAAUAACAACUUUCAAUCGUGGCAAAGAUGGUUAUUUAGAACGUCAAGACUUUCUUCAACGUGCAGACGUUCGUCAAUUUGAGAUUGAAAAACAACUCAGAACAAUAGGAAGACGAAGUACACGAUGA